AUACAGUAUAACUAGGUUAGGCUACCAAGCUGGGUUGACCCUUAGAUUCUUCGUGUGAGCAUGUGGUGGUUAUACACAGGGCAUGGCAUUACACCUUCAGCCUCCAGUGUGAGUGUUUGCUCGUAGGGUUAGGGGAAGUAUCUGUGACUAUGGUGACCACACCGUUCCUGUGGUUUAUCAGCCUGCUGUCUUUAGCGCCGGUGGGCGUGUUGCUGGAUGAGGUCAAGGGAGGUGGCUGCGUGUGUGGAUACCCCGGGAUCCCUGGCGACCCCGGACACAAUGGGGCACCGGGUCGCGAUGGCAGAGAUGGUGUGAAAGGGGAAAAGGGUGAUCAAGGUGUCAUUGGUGGAGAUGGUCCACGUGGACAAGAGGGUGUCAAAGGAUCCAAAGGAGACCCAGGAGAUCCAGGCCUAUCGGGCAUGAAGGGCAAAAGAGGGGAGAAUGGAGAGCGGGGAUGGCCUGGGAAGAUGGGGCCCCAAGGUGUACCUGGGCCCCUAGGGCUCAAAGGGGACAAAGGGGAGCUGGGGUUACCUGGCCCUCGGGGGGUGAAAGGUGAAGAGGGCCCCCAGGGACCUGAGGGUAACCGUGGUCCAAUUGGGAUAAAAGGAGAAAGGGGAGUCAUUGGGCCUUCUGGUCCCACGGGUCGUACUGGAUUCAAAGGAGACAUUGGUGCUCCUGGUCAGAAAGGAAGCAUAGGCUUCCAAGGGGAGAAAGGAGACACAGGAGACACAGGAGAGAAAGGGGAUGUUGGAGAUAAGCCCGUUAUACCUAAGAGUGCCUUCUCCGUGGGCCUGACAGAUCACAGCAAGCGCCCCCCAGUAAACACGGCCAUCCGCUUUGAUAAGAUCAUUUACAACCAGCAAGGGCACUACGAUGCCCAAACGGGACGGUUCUCUUGCGCCAUUGCUGGGGCAUACUAUUUUACUUACCACAUUACAGUGUACUCUCGUAAUGUGAAGGUGGCCCUGGUAAGAAACGGAGCACGCAUUAUUCACACCAUGGACAUAUACCAGAACGGGGAGGACCAGGCAGCAGGGGGCACUGUGCUGCACUUGGAGGCUGGAGACAAGGUUUGGUUACAGGUGGUAGGGGGAGAACUGUACAACGGGCUUUUUGCCGAUGAAGAUGAUGACACAACAUUCUCUGGGUUUCUUAUAUUCGCCACGUGAAAAAGCGACCCCCCUACUUCCAAUGAAUUUUACACAUUGGAGAAAAUAGUGAAGAGCGGGUAGUUAAGUGAAAAAUGAGAAAUUGUCUUUUAUAACACUAAGAAGAGAACCUUGCCAAUUAGAGUUAUGGUGGAGGCCAGUGUAUGCAAACCCCACAUGGCUGCUUCUCAGGUUGUCUAGCAUCAUGUAGAUUUUUAGUUCAUUUUAAUGUAGCAAUUCAUUGUCCCUGUCCCACGCUUUAAGAUCAUUUCCCUGUAAUCUUCAAACCAGCUACUCGAAUAAUAAUACAAAUAAAACAAAAAUACGAGUGAAAAUGUUAUUUUUUCUCCUUCAAAAGAGUACUACAUGGGUUUAUUAGAUAUUUGGUCUAGGGCUGAGUAUCGCCAGCUAGCCCAGGAUGCAACACUCACCAUGAUAGGAGUGUCACAACUCAGUGCAUUGCGAUUUGUAUUGGGGGAGGUGUGUGGCUAAGUGGGUUAAGUCUAGUCCACUCUUUCGCAUGUGCUACGUUGUCCGUGGACGCAGACGGUCGCAGGUGGUAAACACAUACAGCAACUAACACAAAUUAAAGCAAUGUAGCGAAAGAGGUAAACAUUUUCUGAACAGUUUUAAAGUUGUUACUAAGCUUGGGUAGUCUUAAGGUAAAACAGCAUACCCCUGCAUUUUGAAAUCGUGGCAACAAAAUUAGCUGGGACUCCGCUCGACGAAUUGUAUUACAAGAUUUCAAAAUGCCAAAUAGUUUUCCUUUUUAAAAAAGGAAUAUACUGCGGUAUGGUGUCCGGACAGUAUGGAAAAACUAGAUACAGGGUUACCUCUGUACCUCCUAUGACAACAACUAUUCUUUUGCUCUUUUCUUCGUUGACUUCUGGUUUAUCAAAGUCAGUGCUGCCACCUAUUGGGAACACCUAGUCAUUUUCCUUACACAUGCGCAGUAAAUGCUCACGGAUGCGCAUGACGUCCGCUGGACAUGAAAGUCAGGUUUGCAAUACUUUAAUAAAAAGUUUUGCCAUAUUGCCCAGAACUAUGUGUAAAGGAAUGUUGAAAAGAAUGUGAAUAAACGCCAUUUUGUUUGGCAACCACAAUCGUAACAGUGGAUU